GUGACUUUAAAAAAGAUCGGUUACAGCCUGCUCAGCCUAGCCCAAGGCAUGAGGUGAAUGGUCACAACGAGGACGGAAAUGAGCUACAGACAACACCAGAGUUCAGAGCACAUGUUGCAAAGAAGCUGGGGGCAAUGCUAGACAGUUUCAUCACCAUCUUGAAAGACUCAUCAGGACCUUCACAAACUUGUGUGCAACAGUCUGACUCUGCAGAUGAUGGUUUUCGCCUCUUCUCUUCCUCUGUCCCAGGAGAUUGUGGAAAUUCAGAGCUUUGCCCUGCAGUGAGGAGAAGACGGCCGUCUAGCUCCAGUGACACGGACAGUGACCAAGCAUGGCAAAGGUACCAGGAGGCUGCUGUGUCAGCCACAGACAUUCUGAAGCAAAGUGCUUUUCCUGCCCUAUCCCAGGAUGCCAAUCAGAAUCGGAGUCAGGGUUAUGUAGAGCACGGGCAGAAAAAAAAGAAGAAAAAGAAAAUUAGGGGAGAGAACAAUGUUAAUGAGAAAAGAAUAGACCCAGCAGAGGGUGACCAGAUCUGCAAAGAUUUGCCACAGUUCGACAGCAAGCAUACAGAGGACUCAGUGUUGCCAGGAGCUGUGAAGAAGAAAAAGAAGAAGAAAAAAAGAGAAUGA